AUGGCGUUGAUUGCUGCUGCCGGCUGCUUGCCGCGGCAGAUUACCAGUAACCAAGCAUCUUGCAGACUUCAUCUGCCGUGCAUAAGAGCCAAACCUCACUUUGCAGCAGGCAGCAUCCAAAGUGUGGCGGCCUUUGCAGUUUUUUCCACCUGGAAAUCUAGGCGCUUGAAUCCGCAGAUUCGGCGCAGUGCAGAUGCGGAAGUUUUCUCUGUUCCACAUGCGGACGGUAUUGAGUUGGAGAUCCUGGGCGGGCCAGCAACAACCGCCCCAAGCAAAGUCAGCCUGGUUUGCAUUCAUGGCAGCUAUCAUGCAGCGUGGUGCUAUCAAGAGCAUUUCCUGGACUUCUUUCGGGAGAAAGGAUUCAACACAUACGCACUUUCAUUGCGAGGGCAAGGACGUGGCAGGAUGCCAGAUCAGCUUCCAGUAGCUGGCACUUUGGAGGAGCAUGCUGCAGACAUAGCGGCAUUUGUGCGCCACCUAGAAAGCAAGGGCGAAACCGUUGUUUUGGUUGGGCAUAGCUUUGGAGGCCUCAUUGCCUUGCAAGCUGCCGCAGACUUGCAGCUUGCUGGUCUAGUUCUACUGUGCAGUGUGCCACCAAGUGGCAAUGUGGGUAUCAUUCUUCGCAGCUUGUUCCGGGCGCCCUUACAAGCCCUACGCAUCACUUGGGGCUUCAUCAGCCGUGCGUUUGAGCGAGAUGUGGCGCUUUGUCGAGAGCUUUUCUUCGACGAAGAGACAUCAGUCGCCGACAUAGAACGGUACAUGAGGCUCAUGACUCAAGGUUGUCCGGCUGGCACGCGCUUGUUGGAUUUGCGGCAGCUGCAGAGGUCCUUGCCGGUGCCAGUUUGCAGCAAGCCAGUUCUCGUUGUGGGAGGCGACAGGGAUGUCAUUGUGGAUGUGGAGGCGCUGCCUGUGUGUCAGUGUGUUGCCUCAUCACGUCGAACUCCGUGUCGCCAUGUGCUCCAGUGCACGCACCGGGCAAGGGGGCUGACUCUGCAGAUUUGGGCUCAAAUGCAAUGGUGCCUGCCAAGAAGGCAUUGUGCAAAUUGUGCAAUGCAACAAUGGAGAGUUCUUGAGACUUGCAUCCCGUAG